AUGUCAGAGAUUCGUGGAGAGGAUAAAGACGAUAAUAAGGCCAUAGAACAAGAUGAAGAAUGGGAAUCAAAAACACUGAUAUUGGAGAUUGGUGGUAUAAUGGAUGUAAGCACAGCACGACAGGCUUUGAACCGAAGUGAUAGUGCUAUACGUCGAUGUAACACGGAAAAUCCCAUACUACAAAUUUCAAAUUCUCUCUUUACAGCUGAAUGGAAUUCUACUAUAGGCACUGACAUGAUUUUCAAAUUAGAAGAAAAGCAGCUUCGUUUUGUUGAGUGCUCGGAUGUUAGAUUGAAAGCUGAAAAAGCUUUAAUCAUUGAUAAUGAUGACAAAAGUUUCUCAGUAUUUUGUUCUGAAAUGAAUGUGACAACGUAUGGUUGUGGUGACACAUAUUUCCACGUACACACUUAUUGGCUGCCAUUAAAAAGUUUACGAAAAUACCCAAAACUGAAGCAGCGACAACAGCUUUUCAUUGAUCCUGAUAGUCCUGUUGUUAAUCGAUGUAGUAGAGAUCUGAGAUUCGCAUUUUUCAGACGUCGUGGAAUGCAUACUGCUAAGUCUGCGAAGGGAGAUAUCUGGAGAGAAAAGGGAUUAGCUGUAUGA